GUAACUGAAGACAGAAGACAGGCCUAAAAAUAAACCCCAGAAGGAAGAAGGGAUUUGCCUACAUUUGACUCUGACAGGCAGGUCCCGUCCCGGCAGACACUUGGUGUUUUAUAUGAUCGGAUACUGGGGAGCCCACUGGUUCGAAGGUCUACACAUGAAGUCGCCCUAAAGAGGGUGGCUCCCGCUUCGUAAAGACCUCAUCGCGGCGAGGUGGGGCUAAAAUGAGCAUAACCAGUGACGAGGUGAACUUCCUGGUGUAUCGGUAUCUGCAGGAGUCAGGUUUUUCCCACUCGGCGUUCACAUUCGGUAUCGAGAGCCACAUCAGCCAGUCCAACAUCAACGGGACGCUAGUGCCACCGGCUGCCCUCAUCUCCAUCCUGCAGAAGGGCCUGCAGUAUGUGGAGGCCGAGAUCAGCAUCAACGAGGUACGUGCGACGCCCGGGAGACGGGGCGGGGCUGGGGAAACGCAUCCGACCUUAGCGCUCAGUUCCCUAGCGGCGGCCGCGGGGAGGGCUUUAUCCCUUCGCUCGUCCCCAGGGAUCCUCCGGGGAUUAGUUCCACGACCUACCAUGGAUACCAGAAUUCGCAGUGCGCAGGUCCUAUACGCGGCAUCCCGUACCCGCGGAUUCUGCAUCCGCGGGUUCUGCAACCGCGGAUUCUACCACCGCGGAUUCUACCACCGCGGAUUCUACCAACGGCGGAUGAGACGAGGUCCAGCACUGAGCGUGAAGCCUGUGCAGGCUGUACCGGAGAUGGUAUUACAGGAUGACCUCAAGGCCGUCUGCCUACGUAGUACAAGCUUCAGAGGCGACAGGAUUAGUGUGGAAAAGGCAGGUGUUUCUAAAACUACCAUCAGCCCUGGGGAUGAGUUUCUCUGGUGUCGGUCAGCCCUGCCUCUUUUCCCAUUUCCCACAACAGAUAAUCAUUCGAAACCAAUGGAAAUAGACGGAGACGUGGAGAUUCCACCCAACAAAGCCACAGUCCUUCGGGGACAUGAGUCUGAGGUGUUCAUUUGUGCCUGGAACCCUGUCAGUGAUCUCCUGGCGUCCGGAUCCGGAGAUUCGACAGCGAGGAUAUGGAACCUGAAUGAAAACAGCACCGGGGGCUCCACCCAGCUCGUGCUGAGGCACUGUAUACGGGAAGGGGGCCACGACGUCCCCAGCAAUAAAGACGUGACCUCGCUGGACUGGAACAGUGACGGGACACUGUUGGCUACAGGGUCAUAUGAUGGUUUUGCAAGAAUAUGGACGGAAGACGGUAACCUGGCCAGCACCUUAGGCCAACAUAAAGGCCCCAUCUUCGCCUUGAAAUGGAACAAGAAGGGGAAUUACAUUUUGAGUGCCGGCGUAGACAAAACAACGAUAAUUUGGGAUGCCCACACAGGAGAGGCCAAACAGCAGUUUCCAUUUCAUUCCGCCCCUGCUCUCGAUGUCGACUGGCAGAACAACACUACCUUUGCCUCCUGUAGCACAGACAUGUGUAUUCACGUCUGCAGACUUGGCUGUGACCGCCCAGUCAAAACCUUCCAAGGACACACAAAUGAAGUCAAUGCCAUCAAAUGGGAUCCUUCUGGAAUGUUGCUAGCGUCCUGCUCUGAUGACAUGACAUUAAAGAUCUGGAGUAUGAAACAGGAUACGUGUGUCCACGACCUUCAAGCUCACAGCAAAGAGAUCUAUACCAUAAAGUGGAGUCCCACCGGGCCAGCCACCAGCAACCCAAACUGCAACAUCAUGCUAGCAAGUGCUUCGUUUGACUCCACGGUUCGGCUGUGGGACGUGGAGCGGGGCGUUUGCAUCCAUACGCUCACCAAACACCAGGAACCAGUCUAUAGUGUAGCUUUUAGCCCCGACGGGAAAUACCUGGCCAGCGGCUCCUUUGACAAGUGUGUGCACAUCUGGAACACUCAGAGUGGGAGUCUCGUCCACAGCUACCGAGGCACUGGCGGCAUCUUCGAGGUGUGCUGGAACGCCCGAGGGGACAAAGUGGGCGCCAGCGCGUCCGACGGCUCUGUGUGUGUUUUAGAUCUACGAAAGUAAACACAAAAUACUAUAGGAAAAGAACCCUAGUGGACCAGCAGUGAACGUGUGGGGUUGGAGCACUCUCCAGACACAACUCUGUCAGCCCCGAAACUGUGCGAACUUGACCUUAGAGUGUACUUUGCAAUCAGCUCAUCCCUGGCCACAGGAGUCUCUCUUUUUUUGUAAUCUUCAUCCAGAAGUUUAAAGCAAAAAGCAUACCCACAGUCCCAGCAGAGGGGGAAGAAUGGCUCCCACCUGGAACGUGGGAAGCGGGAAGCCAGCAGCUAGACGGCGCGUGGGUGGGACCCCGUCCAGAGCAGGCUCUGAGGGCUGAGAGGAGACGAAGAAGGAAAAAAGCUGUGCCAAAAAGAAAAAGAAGGAAAGACGCUGUGAGAAACCAAAAGGGGGGAGAAAAACCACUCCACGUGGUGGGUUGUUUCGUUUUUUCCUAACAAUUUGGACACUACAGUUACUCUCACAAGGAUGUUCAAAGACCAGUUUGUACCAAUGACUUGGGCGACUUUGUAACCCCAACACUUUGUAUUUUCUAGAAUCUUUGUCCCGUGCUUUUUGUAUCUGCUGGAAUCCUGUCGUCCGGGGCUCUUCUGUCUGAGGCGGAAACCGUUUUGGGUUUGUGGCGUCUUUCCUGUUGUCACUGGCCCCCUGCCCUCUGUCCUCCUUCCUUCCUUCCUUCCUUCCUUCCUUCCUUCGUGGUCUUGGUGGGCAGCACACACUUGGUGGACACAGCCUUAUGCACCAGACUCGGACGUGAUGACGGAGUCUCUGGCAGACGGUGUUCCCUCCCCCUCCCCUCCCCUCCCCCCACCCCUUUUUGAGUUUCUUCCCCCCCAGCUCUCCCCACCCCUUUCUGAGUUUCUUCCCAGCUUAGGUCUCAAAGGCACUUUCAGGCACAUCCUAAGUGCUUUAUGGAAGAAGGCAGGGCAGGGGGACUUUUUACAGGAGAAAAAAAAAGUGACUUAUAAGAGAAAGAGCCCCCAGUAUUUUUGGAAAAAAAAAUAUUUUUAUGUUAAAGCAAUUUUAAAAUCCUAAACUGGCCAUCAGACAUAGAGAGCUUUGUGUGAUUCAUAUUUUAAAAGGAAUCUUAGGAAGACACAGGCAGGGUGUGAGGUAGCUUUCCCUUCACUGUCAGCUUCCGGCAGGGCAGUGAGGACGCCGGGUGGGCAGACAGUCCCGGCCCUCCCAGCUGGAAGCAGACCUGGGCGUCCUUCGGGGUGUGUUGACGGCGGUGGCCGGCAGGACAGGAAUGGAGAAGGGGCCGGACGUGAGAGGGAGUCCCAGAACCCACCGUGGGCGCCAAAGAAGCCGUCGGAAUGUGCACCCAGCUUCCUGGCUGUGAGGAAGGUCACUCCAGCCGCGGCUCCCGGGGUCAGCCCGCCAAGAGCAGCCCGCCAGCCCCGGCCUCACCGCCGGCCCGGCUCCAGGAUCCCACUGGAUCUGAUGACCACAACCAGCGGGGACGGGUGUUCGGCCCUGAGGGGGCAUCACAUAGGUAGGACAUCACUGAUCACUUCUGCCGUCGUCUUCAUUUCUUUCUCUCUCAAGAGACUAGAAGGAAGACUUUUCUUUUUUUUAAAUAAUGAAUCUUUUUACUGUUUUUUUUAAAAAAUUAAAUAUGGCUUUGUGUUCCUCGCGGAGUUUCCUUUAUUGCAUCGGGUGACCUGGUAUUGUUGUUAACCCGACGCUGACCCCGUCUUACAGGAGAGGUGUGGGGAGUGCGGAACCUGGGGCCUCUGGGCUGUUCCGUGUCCGUGGGCGGAGCCAGGCAUGGGGAGGCGGUCUGGGCCCGGGGGCUGGUGGGCUGCAGCCACGCAUCUGUUCCAGCAAGGAGCCAGGAUAUCAUUCAGAGGGUGGACUCCAUCCCUGGAGCCAAAAACAAGCCGUCAGGGUGGGACCAGGGCCCCUGCAGAAGAAGGAGCCGGCCAGGACCAGCUCCAGAAGCCAGAGCGUGUCCAUCAGCGUCGGAUCAGUAACGCACCUCCCUGGAUCUGCGAAUUGUUCAGGCCCCAUCUGUGGAAGGCCGGAAAGCGCUCUGUUGACGAGUUGGGUGUUUUAUUCGGGCCUCUGUUACCUACACGCUUAGCUAAGGAGGUCAGAGUUGUAUGGAGUCUCCUCCAUUCCCACCUUUGAAGAUAGCAGACACCCCUGGAUACAUGGCUAAUUUCUUGCCCCAAGAAAUUAUUAGGCUUGGGGUGCAGUUUGGGGAGCUCUGGACGCACACCAUCUAGACCCCUCCCCACAUAAGAAUGUCAUGUCUACGGCGCAUCCGUCGUCCAGGGUCAGGACACGGUUUGUGUUUGACAAGCCAGAGCCUGCUGUUGGGGGAUAGUGGUGGGACACACAGGCAGGGGUUCCCCAAUCAGUCCUCAGGGAAGGGCGGUAGCCAGGGUCUCGAAGUGUUGGCAUUCGACUCUGGAUGCAUCUGAACACUUAGGAAUUGCUGGCUUGGAAACGAGGGCUAUGAGGACAAGGACAGGGGCUCAGUUCCACACACCACGGUGAGCCUGACGCUGAUGGAAGUCAGAUCUUCGCCUGUCUGGCUUCCCCAACCGGCCGUCACAAAGGAACCUCCUGAGGGCCACAAGGGGAACCAAGAUGCGAACGCAGCCAGCGCCCCUCGAAUCCAGCCCAUCUCAGCACGACAACAGCCACGUCCGACUCGGCGCCAGCGUGCACCCCACCAGCAGUCGAUGGAGUCACCUCUGUCAUCAGGGCUGCCCCCUGGGCCGUGUUACCACGGGACGUCGUUUACAGCUCUGAAAAAUUGGAAGUAAAUGCUUAAGUCUCGGUGAUCGAACGGAACCGAGAUGCUGACGGCAGACGUCACAAUCCUUCCCGGAAUGUCUGGUUGGGUUUGAAGUGACCAAGAACUCGUCCUGUGCACACCGGGGAAAAGGGUGCUACCCCACCGGGCACGCCAGGCCACCCGCGGCACCCAGGGCUUCACAGUCAUUGUCUUUCUAAAAGUAGAUCGUGGUGCCAAGUGAAGUGCACUGUCAAACGUUACGGUCUGUUUUUCUGCUUUCUUCCUUGUUAUUUCCCCCUUUUUAACCUUCUGUUCCACUUUUUUUUUCCAAAUCGUGUUUUUCUGGUCAAAUGCAGAGUUGUUCCUCCCGCCGCUUACUGAGGUUGUGAAUUCUGGCUUCUGCAGUGUUUAUUGUCUGUGUCAGACGUACAGCCAGACGGGCUUCCCUCCGCGUUUUCCAGAUUCUGCUCCAUCCACACCGACCCCGUUUUGUUCUCGCUCCGCCCCUUCCCCCUCACGCUCUGGAGAAAAAUCACCUUGUGUGUCGUAGCUCAUUUGUUCCGAGAGAGAAUCAACAGCUCAUUCUCAGUGUCUUGAAUAAAUUGCUCUAUUUUGAUAUUAGA